CAAUCAAUUUAAAAAAAGACAUAAUAAACGAAAACAAUGAAGAUAAUAAAUGAGAUUAUACAGUUUACAUAACUAUUAUGAAUAUAUUAUCUCAUUUAGUAGUUUUUGUUACUUUAUAGAAGACAGUCGUGUUUCCAGACGCCAUGUCUUUCAAAGAUAAAGUUGUUAUAGUAACUGGAUCUGGGUCUGGUAUGGGAGCGGCGACAGCACUACUCUUUGCUGAAGAAGGAGCUCACGUUGUGAUAGUAGACUUUAGUGAAGAAAGAGCCAAGAAAACUGCAGAAGAAUGUAAGAAACAUGGAAACAAAGUCUUUGUCAUCAUUGCUGAUGUCUCCAAAAAAGAAGAUGAUGAGAGAAUUAUUAAUGACACUAUUGAUGAAUUUGGAAGAAUUGAUGUUUUAGUAAACAACGCUGGGACUGGUAAAGUAGGACGAAUCUUGGAUGGGACCAUCAUAGAUACAUUCGAUGAAGUUGUGAAUACCAAUCUGAGAGCUGUGGUGGUGUUAACAAGCUUAGCUGCUCCUCAUUUGGCCAAAACAAAAGGCUGUGUGGUAAACACAUCAAGUAUAUUCAGCACUGCGUUAAGACAUGGAACUAUUUUCCCAUCAUACUGUGCUUCUAAAGCAGGGAUUGAUACUUUUACUCGUGUGGCUGCCUUGGAACUUGCUUCAUCAGGAAUAAGAGUCAAUGCUGUUAAUCCUGGACCAGUCUACACAAACCUUCUCAUUCAUAAUGGGCUUCCUGGCACUUGGGAAGAAUAUGCGCAGUUUACUGCUUUAAAGAAAGGUUCGGAUCCUAAGGAGGUUGGCAAUCUGAUUUUGUAUUUGGCCAGUGAUAAGGCUAAGAGUAUUACCGGUGUUUGCUAUGAAAUUGAUAAUGGAAUGAACCUUGUGUAGGUCGUUUAAGGUUAUUUAUUGUUUGUUCAUGUUUUAUUGUAUUGUAAUAUUUUAACUAUGUUUGUUAUGAUAACAUUUAUUAUGAUGUGCAAUAUUUUUUCGUUUAUGGUAAAGGCUAGAUUUGUUACUUGUUAGUUU